CAAAAUUCGAUCCAGAAUAAACAACGAUUGUAGUAUGGCACGAAUACUCCAACAACGACGAACCAACAACACCUUGCCACAUUAUUAUUCACAAACGACGAUUGCAACGACAUAGCACCUACCGAGAUUAUGGCGUCCGCUUUUUUGCCAACCAAUACAACCACAACUCGCAACACCCUCGGUGUAUCGCCCGUGGGUCCCUCCUUGUGUGUGCCUAGUUUAAACGAAAGCAGUAUACACACCAGCAAACCACCGCCUCCCAAACCAGUUUGGGAAAGCGAAACAGAAGACGAAGAAGUGAAAUUUAGUUGUGUCGGAGGAGGCCGAUAUACCUACGGUGCCGACUUUUCUGAUAUCGAGAGCGCCGGAGAAGACGAAGGCGAGAACUGCGCAUCCGAAGAGUCGGAUGCGGAGGCAGAUGCUCCUGACGAAUGUACUGGUGUGGUGACCUUUGUGACCGCACAACCUACUAUUAGUACGCAGCCAUCCUUGCUUCGGCCCAAGGCGUACUCGCCUUCUCGUUCUAGCCCUGCCGCGUCUUUGUCAUCGUCGUCCACACGUAAUGUUUCUAUGGUCCGGCAUCGUCAGCGGGACUCCUCGAAUGAGAGGGAUUCUUCUUCGGUGGGUGCUCGCGGGGUCCCUUGCACGCUUUUCUCCAGCGCAAUGAGCGAAGAAGAUGCCGACGAUUGCGAAGACGAGGAAGUAGCCGAUGGCGACGAUGAAGACAGCGAUUAUGACGAAAGUGAGGAAGAUGACGUGUCGUCCGACGACGAAACGGACGAACCAGCUACUUCAAGAAUCGAUUUUCACGCUGGCGGCGUGAGCAAUGCCAAUUAUUGCGAACCUAACGGUGGAGUGGAAGAAGAGCCGGCAGGAAAUGGAGUUACUUGGGACGAACCGGAAGAACCAGAGAAUGACCUGGAGUUGGCUAGUAUCUUGGGUUCGUCUGGCGAUUCUUCGUUCGACGUCGAAGACGAAUCCGAGUUCCCGACUGAUUUUAUUGUUGGUGUUAUGCAAGAUCGCAAUAUCGAAGCCACUGCCAACGUACCGAAAACCAAGCGUGUUCUGUCCUACACGACCUUGACUGCUCUGAAUGUAGAAGCUGGCCACGACGACGAUUCUCCAAAGCGACAGAAGGCUAUCGAUUCUCCACCGCAACUCCCUCUGUUGAGGUUGGGACCGGCAGCAACGAGUAUGUUGCCCCUGCUUUCCGUACGCAGUCUCAGGGAGAUUCGAGAAGAAUCGCCGAUUCUGUCCUCCAGCGACGAGGAAGAGUUGGACGAACGGUUACGAGACGAGUUAGAUAAGUUGGGGCCCGAGCGAGGCGAGAACGACGGCGAGGCCGAAAUGCACCACACACGCAACGGCGACAGCAAUACCCCCGUCCCGUUGCUGACACCGCCGCAGUCCCCUUCGACGAUUGCCCUGGAGCAGGGUACGAGCACGACGGUGUGCGAGUGGCCGUCCAAUAUGGCAGUGGAUAGUGCAAUGCGGACUGCCGCCGAAAUGGAAACGAUGACGGUGCGUGUGAUGAGCGCGCUUUCACUGACAGGAUUGGACGAUGAAGGCGAAGAAAGCGACAGCUACGACUUCAACAAAGUCGCUUGUUAUGAUGAUGCCUCGCUUUUGCCAGUCACGACACUACGAGAGAGUUCUAGUCCCGAAACGACAACCACAGCAACACCCAGCGAAGCCAUCGAUUUGAACGCCACCACUUUGACACCCCUUAUACGAGGCAUUUAUGUGGGGUGGGAUUAAGGGUAAACGAGGUGUGCCAAGAUCUGUGGGGCUUUGGGACGAAUGGGAACGGCUGCAAGCACACACGUAGAGCGAACGAUAGAGCACACAACCUUCUAGUCGUAUAU